CCUUCUUCACCACUUCAGAGAACUGCCCUCCCUUUGCUCACCUUCAGUUGUAAGUUAGGGCGUGACUAGGCAGUAGCCAAGUGCAGCAGUAAUAUGCUCCCAGCAUUUUGCUUCCAGCUAAGAGAAAAAAAAGUUAUAUUCUGCAGUAGGCUGAAAUUGCUACCAAGAUCUACAGCCACGUAAAGACAGUUUUGGAGAGUCCUACACAUUUACAAAAACAAUGCUGAGGUGGACCAACUGCAAGAAUUUUAUUAAAUUUGGAGGUUUUAUCCUUGCAUCAGUCUGCGCCUGGUAUUUGGGGACAAUAUUGGCAUAUCUCAUACCUCAAGCAUCAACAUUUGACCAGUUGCUUCCAGACAAGCCAAAAAUUUAUAUGCCAGCCCCCAAAAGACAGAAAUGUGAUCACUGGUCUCCGUGUUCGCCUGGAAAUUAUGCUUAUCGCAUGCUCAGUGGAGGUGGGAAGGAGAGAUUUCCCAAAAUCUGUUUUGAAGAUAAAUUACUCAUAAGUGAACAAGAUGGAAAUGCUGGGAGAGGAAUAAAUAUUGCAAUUGUAGACUAUAAGACUGGAAAAGUUGCUGCUACAAAUUAUUUUGACAUGUGGGAAGGAGAAUUCUCUGGACCAAUGACAGAUUUUAUUAGCGAAGCUCCACAGAAAUCUCUAAUCUUUAUGGUGACCCAUGAUGAUGGAAGUACAAAGUUAAAACAGGACAGUAAAAAAGCAAUAGCAGAAUUGGGAAGUGAAGAAAUAUGGAACUUGAAGUUUAGGUCAGGCUGGGUGUUUUUAGCUGCAAAAGGUUUUAAAUUACCAAAAAAUAUACAAAAGGAAAAGAUAAUUCAUUCUGACAAUAGUAAGAAUCGAUACAAUGGAUGGCCAGCUGAAAUCCAGAUUGAAGGCUGUAUUCCAAGAAACCUAACAAGCUGAAUUCUAAUAUUUGCAAAAUAGCACACUGCACAUUUAUUUAUAUGGCACUAUUUGCUCCAAAAAGCUGGCUGUCUAAAGCUGCGGACAAAAAAAAUAUUCUGGAUAAAAUCUAUUUGAAACACUGGA